AUGGUAAUAUUCAAUGUGAAUUGCAUAACAAUUAAUGGUGGUGAAACUCGUUGGCAAUUAUUCAAUCAGUGCAGUAAAGCAAUGCUACAAACUUUCCUAGGCCGUGUUAAUACUAGAGGAAACUCAUCACAUCUUUGUCUCACCGAUUUCAACGUGAAGGUUAACCGGUGGGGUCAAUUUCAAUUGCAACACGCCCAAUCCAGAAAAUACAUAUGCUUUAGUCGACGGAAACGAGUAACUGUACGGGUGAAAAAUGUUUGUAGUGUAUUUGACAGAGUGGAGGUGGUGUAG